AUGCAUCUCCUUACCACUCAGAUUUCUCUCCUCCUCGCUGUAUCAGCUACCCUUGUCGCCGCUCAAGAUGGCACGCCCACAUCUGCAAACACAAACAGCAACUCAUAUUGUGCUUCUCAGAAACUUGUAGAUUCAUGCGUCGCAGCCAUGAAAGUAAAAUUCACGCAAUGUUCCGAAAGUGACUGGGAUUGCAAAUGUUCAGGCGCUGCAAAUAUCGCCAAUUGUUAUGUAGACUGCUCCGAUGAUGACCCAGCACGGUCUGCCGCUCAAGUCCUCAGCAUGAAUGAUUGCGCCACUGCGAAUGCAUACGAUGUGGGAUUGACCACCGUUGCACCCUCAUGGACUCGUCCUGGCUCUAAUGCCGCACAACCGACCGAGACAGAUUAUACUAUAGCUACCACUACUGCUACACCGACACCAACUUUAAGUGCCCACGAGAAGUCGACGAGUCCAUCGGAGGGGGCAGCGGCGGCGAAUUCAGCUGGCAGUUGGUUGGCUCUCGUGGGGUUGGGAUUAGGGAUUGCAUUUUGA